UUUCGCUUUACAUCAUGUCCCAAAAGGUUAGGAGUCAGUGUUUAUCAUUGUUAACUCCAGUGAAUGUCGUCUUGAUAUGGACUGUAACACUAAAUGGUUCGUUGUUUGUUGCAAGUUGGGGAAAGCAAAAUAAAAAAAAACCGGAACAAUACACCCCUCUGAGGACAAUGGUUUCGCCCAUGCUGCGGGACUGUUUUGACUGCCACAACAUGGCGCAGACUGUCGCCGAAUAGAAGACGAUCGAACUGGUAGAGAGUCAGCGCCAUGGUGGGAGUGGACAGGAUCUAUGAUCUGCCGUGUGUGUGAGCACCACAGCAAGGAGCCGACCUGUGGACGUACGGGACAAGAAUGGCUCGGAAUGUCAACUUUGACCUGGGACACCCUCUCAUGGAAGCUGGACUGGAGAGUCCAGUCGAUGAGGAAGGCGUUCAUGACUCAUUCAAUCAGCUGAUAGCAGAGCAGACCAACAACAGAGGCCUGGGAGAAGAAGCCGUUGAGCUCCAGCAGCUUCAGAAAGAACUGGAUGAGGAGAGUCAAGAUAAUGUGGCACACCUGUCUAGCCCUGGACCUGGGUUCAGGCAGAGGAGGAAGCAGGGGGGGGCGCUGGGAUGGGAUGAUGGUGAAAGAGUGAUGGACCCAUCCAAUAGUGAACAAUGGUCUUCAGCCACCUUGAAGAUCCUGUCUUCUAUGCCGAGUCGCACCAUCGGUCGCAGCAGAGGAGCCAUCAUCUCUCAGUACUACAACAGGACCAUGCAACUUCGGAGGCGCAGGCAGAGCAGACCUUCCAUCAAAGACUUCUCACGCUCGGCCAGACCGUGUAUACAAGCUUUUAGCCUGGAAACGGACAGUACGGACGUAGAGGUAAAUAAACAGGAUCGUCUGGUGAAUAAUUUGCAAAUCCUGUCAGUCAGCGACAGAGUCAGCAUGCUGCGAGCGAUGCCUCUCAGUGUGUCAGAAAAGAGUGAACUCCGGAUGUUAGCUCUGCAAAAAGGACGACGCACAUUCUCGGGAAAUCAGAUCCCCUGCUGCAGUCGAUUCAAAUAUUUCCUUAUCAUAGCCUGCAGACAGUGUUGGUACAGCUGGCUCUCCUUCAUGCACUCCCUCCAGCUGUGGCAAGUGGCACUCAAGCGAGUCAGCGGCCGUUUCGGCAGUGGAGUCCUCUCGUACUUCCUGUUCCUCAAGACUCUGCUCUUCUUCAACCUCUUCCUCUUUAUGCUGACCGGCGCGUUCAUAGUGCUUCCCCAGGCAGUGCACCCUCCACCCGUGUCUGACGACAGAGCCACCUUCACUGGCCUGGAGGUCCUCACAGGAGCAGGCUAUUUCUCAGACACGGUGAUGUACUAUGGAUACUACUGUAACUACACGCUGCAAAAGAGCUGCAGGAACCAAAGUGAGAACGGACAGCAGUACAUCUCUCCAGCCAAUGGAAGCAGCCUAGACUGCACGUCGAAGCAUCCGCCUUACAAGAUGCCCCUUGCCUAUUUCUUCACUAUAGGCAUGGCUUUCUUUAUCACCUGCAUCAUCCUUGUGUACAGUAUGUCAAAGUCAUUUGGUCGAAGCUUUCGAGUUGACAAGUCUCACAGCAUCCUUGCUGUGAAAGUCUUCUGCUGCUGGGACUUCAAGGUUAUCAAAAAGACUUCAGUCAAACUCAUGUCUGAGAAUAUCUGCACCCAGCUGAAGGAGUUGCUAGCAGAAGUCAAUCACAAGCGUUCCAAAAACACUUCGUGCCAGAAGCUGUGGAGGCUGGCGGUCCACAGUCUGGCAUGGACUAUCUGUAUGGCAAGCACUAUUGCCUGUGUGCUGAGCAUCUACUACUUCUCCGACUACAUGCACCAGAACCUCCAGCAAACCUCUCGCAGCGUGACCAAGAAGCCUUUGUUGAACGAGGCAAGCCUGCUAGCUCUUCCUGUGAUGGUGUCGCUUAUUAACCAACUGCUGCCUGGUAUGUUCAAUCUCGCCGCCUGGAUGGAAGACUACGAGUCACCUUCAGUGCGCACAUAUGUUGCCAUUGGCAGAAACUUGAUGUUGAAAGUCAGCGUGCUCGGAGUACUCUGCUACCACUGGCUGGGUCGGGUGUCUGCUGACCCAAACAGCAUUGGCCUCAAGUGCUGGGAGAGUUUUGUUGGCCAGGAACUGUAUCGCUUCCUUUUGAUGGAUUUCAUCUUUACUCUCCUGGACACCUUGUUUGGAGAGCUUCUUUGGAGGUUGUUUUCUGAGAAGGUGCUGAAGAGGAGAAGGAAACCAGUUUUUGAUAUUGCCAGAAAUGUCCUUGAUCUUAUCUACGGGCAAACCUUAGCCUGGCUGGGCGUUCUCUUUACUCCUCUGCUGCCUGCAGUGCAAAUCCUAAAGCUUCUGCUGCUCUUUUACGUCAAGAAGAACAGCGUCAUGAUGAACUGUCAGGCCCCUAGGAGGCCAUACAGAGUCAGCCAGAUGACCACCAUCUUCAUCACUCUUCUCUGCUUCCCCUCCUUCCUCGGUGCCUCGGUGUGUGUCACUUACACCAUGUGGAGUAUCACACCAUCCUCAUCAUGUGGACCCUUUCGUGAGCUCAAAACCAUGUUUCAGGCCGGGAAACAUUGGGUGAAGGACCUAGAAAAGGACAACCCCAAUCUCUCCCUGCUGGCUAAGGCUCACUCCUACCUGGUGGAGAACCCUGUCUUCCUGUUUUUGGGAGCAGGCAUCUUCCUGAUCGUCAUCUAUUUCCACAGUCAGGUGGUGGAUGGUCAGAGGAAGAUCAUCAGUUUACUGCAGGAACAAAUAGAAAAUGAGGGAGAAGACAAGAAGUUUAUCAUCACUCGUCUGCAGUCUAUCCACGAGCAGAGACGAACCCCUAGAAAGCUCACAAGCCAGGGGUCGAGCGAAGGAGCCUUCAAAGUGGAAAACAUCUAACUGGAAAAAUGACUUAAAAAGAGUGAAAUAUUUCAUAGAAUGUUUCAUAAUGUUUUUGUCGUUGGAGGAAAGGCAGGUGAGUCCAUCUUACAGGUUGGAUUAAAAACAACUGAACUUAGAUCUUUUGGACUAUAAAUUAUAUAUUAUUAUAUAAUAUAUAUUUCAAUUGUUUGAGUCAGUUAGAAAAACGUGUUUCAACUAACUGUGAACUUUUUUUUAACACUAGCUCAGGUUUUUAAAAGUUUUUUAUUUGGUGGGUUUUUUAUCUUUAGGAAUACCGGUAGUUUUAUGUCUGUAUUUGUGUCCUGGAAAUUGUCUUUGUAUGUUUUUGGGGUUAUAACUGUUUAUUCAUACUAAUUCUAUUAAAUUAUAUUUUAGUCA